CGCCCCCCCCGCAGUCCCCGCUCACCCCCCCCGCAGGGUGCACUGUGAGGGCCGCGAUGCGCCCCGCGCGGGUUUCCGCCUGGUGGAUACGACGCCGUACAGCCGCUGCGCCAAUCUGAGCGCGGGCGGCCCCGGAGCUCCGCGCUGUUUCCUAUCGUACCGCCGGGCGGCCGAACGCGGCCACGACGCGCUGGGAGUGACCGACAUCUGCCUCGUAAUGCCCGGCAAAGGGGAGAGCACUCCGCACACCUUCAGCCGCGUGGAGCGCAGCCUCAACAGCGGCACUUGGGGCCCGGCGCUGUUCCUCUGCUACAAACUGUCCAUGGCCAAAGGCAACACGUUGGUGUACGAAGCAGGGCUGCUGUGCCGUUACCCCGAGGAGGACAGCGCGUCGUUCCCUCUGCCGGACUCCGUUCCCGUCUUCUGCCUCCCGAUGGGGGCCACCAUUGAGAGUUGGCCGUCCGGCACCAAAUACCCACUGCCCGUCUUCUCCACCUUCGUGCUCACCGGAGCCUCCGGGGACAAGGUCUAUGGGGCCGCCAUUCAGUUCCAUGAGCCGUUCCCCCCCGAGCGGCUGUCGGAGAAGCAGCGGCUGCGCCUCGGGCUGCUCAGCGUGGUGGACCGCCGGCCCGUGGGGGGGCGCUCCGUGCACAGCCGGAAGAGUAUCUGCGUGUUGUCCCAUUGGCCGUUCUUCGACGUGUUCCGCAAAUUCCUUAUGUUCAUCUACCGCUACUCCGUGUCGGGGCCCCACGUGCUGCCCUUGGAGGCGCACAUCGCCCACUUCAUGCACAACGUCCCCUUCCCGUCCCCGCAGCGCCCACGGAUCCUCGUGCAGAUGUCCCCCUACGACAGUCUGCUGCUGUGUCAGCCCGUCUCCUCGCCGCUGCCGCUCAGCGGGGCGAGCUUCGUGACGCUGCUGCAGACGGUGGGCGCGGAGCACGCGCUGACGCUGCUGCUGGCCGUGCUGACCGAGCAGAAGCUGCUCAUCCACUCCCUGCGGCCCGACGUCCUCACCAGCGUGGGGGAGGCGCUCGUGUCGAUGAUCUUCCCCCUGCGCUGGCAGUGCCCGUACAUCCCGCUGUGCCCGCUGGCGCUGUGCGACGUGCUGAGUGCCCCCGUGCCCUUCGUUGUAGGCCUCCAUUCCAGCUACUUCGACCUCCACGAGCCGCCCCGCGACGUCAUCUUCGUGGACCUCGACACCAACAGCAUCUUCCAGAGCGAGGAGCGCAAACUGCUGUCCCCGCGGGCGCUGCCCCGCCGGCCCUGCAAAGUGCUGCUGUCCUCCCUGCACAGCCUCUCCCAGCAGCUGCACGAGAGUGAGCGGGGCUGGGG